AUGUCUGGAAAUCUAACCCCUAAAUAAUCAAAUAGAACUAUCUUAAUAAUACUUUAUAUUUCUUUAAUAUUCGUAAGUUUAGUUACUUUUAGCACAUCAAUAGCAGGAUUUAUACAUACAGGAUCUAUUAAUACUGAAUAUUUAGGGUUGAAAUGCUCCGUAGUAUCUGCUUUAGAUGAUUUAAAUAGUAAAUAAGUGUCAACAUUUUAAGGCUAAACUGCUAAUUUUUUAGGAUUAGUUUUGAUAUAGGAAACAUUAAAAUUAAUAUAUUAAUAAAUUGAAGGUUUUCUUUCCGAGCUUUCUAAAGUAGGAAACGCAAGUGAUAUUUCAUAUAUAUAAUCUGCCUAAUAGACAAUAGUUAACGGUGUGUAUUAGUUAGAAGGAUAAGCUUUCGGCUGGUAUACUUAUACGUAAUAAGUGAUAGCUUAAGGAAAUACAGACUCUUAGUAUUUCAAAGAUGGUGUAUACGGACCUGCUUCUUAGGCUGGGACGUUAUUAAAUAAUAUGGUUUAUGUAAUGUAGUAAUCUUCUGAUACUAUGAUUUCUUAAUUGACUAAUGCUAAUUAGAUGGCAAGCUCUAUUAUUGGAAAUACUAAUUUGAAAGUCUUUUUGGUAAAUGGGUAGACUAUGAUUUCAAAUACUUAAUUUGAGAUUAAUAAUUUGGUUUAAAAUGUUGUCAAAAUGACAUCUGGAUUAGAUUAGGCAUUUUCAAUUACUAGUGGAUUUCAAAUUGCUUUGUAUUCUUUAUUUGUGCUAGUUUCAACGUCUACUCUAGUGUUUUUGGCUUUUAAUCAUUUCAAGGUUAAGUUUAAUUUUAAAAAUUUAGUUCAUUUUUCGUGGAUUUUACUUGGGGUUUGUACACUUAUUACUAUCGUAUUUUGUGUUAUUUUUGGUUUAAUGUCUAUUGCAAUUAUGGAAUUUUGCACUGUAGCUGGAGAUGUUUUAACUAAUCCUAAAGAGCUUAAUAAUUUUAAAUUAUUUCAAGGAGAAAUAAAAGAUUCUAUAAAGGAAUGCAAAAAGGAAUUAGGAGGAAAGGGAAAUAUUUUAAAAAAUUUUGGUUUAGAUAAAACAUUAUAAGAAUUGUAAGAUGUAUAAAAUUAAAUAAAUCUCAUAGAUUAAUCCAGUAGUCUAAAUUAAGACGCAUUGACCAAUUUAUAAGGAUAUUACAGAUAAAUAAGCCUACAACAUUAAUAUUUAAGAGAUAAAGGAUAUUUUUGGAUUGAUAAUGAUAUGGAUAAUUAAGUUUCUUCUGGUGAUAUUUUCUUAGCCGACUAAAUUGAAGCUUAAGCUUUUUUAGAUGAGUUUUAACUUGGAAUGUAAGGGAAGUUAGAACCACCUAAUAAUGCAGAUUAUAUGGACUGUUUUAAUCCUCAAAAUGGUUUUUAUGAGAAAAUUGUAUUCGAUAUUUUAUAGUGUGAUUAGGAGAAUGAAAUUGUUAUUACCUCGGCUGUAAAUUUCAAUAUUAAAAUCAGGGGGAAAGUAUGUAUAGUGUUUCCAGCUUUGAAAAAAGAUUAAAACGCAUUGAAUUAUAAUUCAAGGUAUACAGAAUGUAAUUCAACUAAUAUUGGGAAAAAAUUUAAGAAAUUAUUCCUUUAUUUAGAAGAAGUUAAAUAAAUGGCUGAAAAGGCUGGAGAUAAUGGAAAUAUUAAAAAUAGAAUUGUUCAAACUCAAGAAUUAAUUCCUUAGAUUGAUGCUUUUGUUUUUGGAUUAGAAAAUUAUAAAACUAAAUUUAAAAAUCUUUUAGUUUCUGUAUAACCUAUAUUUAAUUAAAUUUAAUAUCUCUCAAAUAAUGUUAAUUGUCUUUUUUUUGGUGAUAAAUUAGAUGAUGUUUAUGAUUAAUUAUGUGUUGUACUAAAUGUAAGUAUAUAUAGAACUUUCAAAAUUACAAUAGUUUUAGUUUUCUCAAAUUUCUUUUUUACUUUAUUACUUUAUAAAGCUGCCAAAAACUUUUAGAAAAAUUAAAAACAUGAUCUACCUUCUACAAAUGCUUAAAUUCUUCCUGAUAGUUAAAAUAAUAUUCCCAAUCAAAAGGAAAAUGCUAAAGUUAAAAAUUUACUAGAUCCUGUUACUAGUGAUCCAUAAUAUUAAUAACUUAAUGGAAGACCUAGUAGGCCAUCAAUUGGAGAUUUACAUGUUUAAUCUGUUAAUUAAGAUUUAUAAGGAAGUUACAUGUUUUGGACUUGUGGUUAAAAUCCAGGAUUUUUUUUUGAUGCACUUGAUUUAUAUUAAUUUUCAGAUGAAUACGGUUAAACUUAAUAUACAUAAGAAUAUGGUGCUUAUGUUGUUUUUAAUAUUUUAUUAUUCUUUUUUAUGAUAUUUACUAGUCUUGUAGAAAAAGUAGAGACACACGACAAGAUAAAUACUCUUUUCGAUGAAGAUAAAGAUAAAUUUAUUGGUGAAUUUACAUGUUAAUAUUAUACUAUAAUGAGAGGAUAUAUAAACGGUUAAGGACGUUAAUUACGUUUAUAUUAUACUAAAUUAGAGCCUAAUGGUUUAAAAAAAGCCACAGUAUGUAUAGUACAUGGUUUUGGUGAACAUUCAGGCCGUUUUUUACAUAUAGCAGAUUAAUUAGCAAAAGAAGGUUUUGUAGUAUAGCUUAUAGAUCUAAGAGGAUUCGGGUAAAUAUAUGGGAUAUAUAAUUAUUUACAAUAAUAUUAAAAAAGGUAUUCAGGAGGACCAAGAGGAGCUUCAACAAUAGAAGAACUACACUAAGAUAUACAUAUGUUAAUAAAAUAAGCAAAUAAAGACUUACCUUUAUUCCUUUAUGGACAUUCUUUAGGCGGAUAAUUAGUGACAACAUUUGCAAUAUAAAAUCCUUUACUUAAUAUUGGAGGUGUUAUUAUAACUAGCGCUUUAUUUGGGUUUCCAAAAGAUAGAUAGAUGAACUUUUUAAAGAUAUUUAUAGUAAAAGCAUUGGGUAAAAAGCUAGAAGAUAUUGUUAUUAAUUCAAUGAUUAAUCACACUGCAUUAACAAAAAAUGAUAAUUAUAUAAAAAAUUGUUUCGGAGAUAGAUUAAUGAUACCAUUUUUAGGGUUUAAUAUGGCUAAAAAUAUACUUGAAGGUACAUAAUUUGUACUUCCUAAUGCUAAAAAAUUUACAUUUCCAUGUCUAAUUAUACACGGAGAAAAAGAUAUGGUAACAAAUUAUCAUGAUUCUAAAUAGAAAUAUAUAAUAAAUGCUAAAAAUAAAAAAAUAUUUAAUAUUAGAUUAAAUGAUUAAAAAAUAUAAAAUAAAAAAAAAUAAAAAAAAAAUUAAAAAAAAAAAAAAAAUUUAAAAAAAAUAUCUAUUAUAAAAAGAAAAAAAAACUAAUAUAAUAUAGAUAAUUUUUUAAUUAUUAUAAAAUAAAAAAUAUAAAUAUAAAAUAAUCAUGUAAUUUAUAUAAAUAUAUAUAAAAUAAUAUAUAUAUAUAUAUAAAUAUAAAUAUAAAUAUAAAUAUAAAUAUAAAUAUAAAUAUAAAUUUUUUAUCUAUUAUUUUAAUUUUAAUUUUUUUUUAAUUAUUUUUUUUUUUAAUAUAUUUAUAAUAAUUUUUUUUUUAUUUUUAUUCUUCUAUUUUUUUAAAUUAAUAUUUACAAUUUAUUAUUCAUUAUAUUUGUGACUUUUUUAUAUAUAAUUUUUUAUUUAAAUUUUAGUAUUCUUAUAUUAUUUUACUAUAUUUAUACUGCAUUUUUAUUUAUUAUCUUAUUUAUUAAUUUAACUUAACAAAUAUAAGAAAAACAUGUUGGUAAAUACUCUAUUGAGGUAUCUAAUUUAAUUGGUUAAGGAGCUUUUGGUAAAGUAUACAAAGGUCGAUGUAUUGAAAAUGGAUAAAAAGUAGCAAUAAAAUAAUUAGACAAGAAAUCUAUUUAAUCUGAUGAAUAUUUAGUAAAAGGACUAAUUUAUGAAAUAUAAAUUCUAAAAAAGUUAAAAAGCCCGUACGUAGUUGAAUUAUUAGACGUUUUAGAAACUGCUAAUAAUUAUUAUUUAGUAUAAGAAUGUUGCGAUGGUGGAGAUAUGAGAAAAAUUUUAAAGCUUAGAGGCUAUUUUUAUGAAGAUGAAGCUUUGGAGAUCCUAAAGAAUCUUUUAUGUGGAUUUUUAGAUUUGUUAAAAAAUGGAAUUAUUCAUAGAGAUUUAAAACCUGAGAACCUUCUAAUAAAAGAUGGAAUAUACAAAUUGGCUGAUUUCGGACUUUCAAGGACUGUUGAUAAUUUCCAAAGACAGCAAUUAACAUCUGUUGUGGGAACUCCAUUAUAUAUGUCUCCUUAAAUUUUAAGAAGAGAAAAAUAUACAUCUAAAAGUGAUUUAUAUUCUUUAGGAUUUAUAUAUUAUGAAAUGCUUUAUGGAAAACCUCCUUUUAUUGGAAAUUCUGAAUAUGCUCUUGUAUAGAGUAUUUUGAAAUAAAAUAUUGACUUUCCUAAUAAAUUUAAUGUUUCUGAAAAUUCAUAAGAUUUUAUUCGAAGAUGCCUGAGAGUGGAAGAAUCGUAAAGAUUAGAAUGGGCUGAAGUCUAUAAGCAUCCUUUAUUGUAAGGUUAUUUUUAAAAAUUCAAUAUAUAAGAUGAAAAGAUGGAAGAUAAGGCAAUGCAAGUUAUAAAUAAUUUAAAGACAAUUUAUAUAUAAGAAUAAAUUUGAUAUUUAAGAAAUAUUUUAAUAGUUGGAUAUUUCUAAAGAUAAAAAUGUAGAAAUUAAAGAAUUUUCAGAAUUAAUGAAAAGCAUUGACCCUAAUUUAGAAAGGGCUGAAAUCGAAUUUAUUUUUAAUAAAUUUGAUGUUGAUAAAAGUAAUACUAUUACUUUUAGAGAAUUUAAUUCUUAUCUUUAAAUUGAUAAUAAUGAUAAUAAUGUAUAAAAAAAUUUUAAUGCUUCUAAUACUUGUAUUUCCUAAAAUAAUUAUGAAAAUGAGCAAAAAGCUUUGAAAGUUAUAUAAAAACUAUAAUAUGCAAUCGAAAAAUAAAAUGUGGACUUAAAAUUAUUGUUUGCUAGGUAUGAUAAGGAAAAAAUAAAGAAUUAAGUGUCGAUGAAUUAGGAACUCUUUUAAGAAAAGUUUAAUAAGAUAUUUAAUAAGAUGAGGUUUAAUCUAUUUUUACA